GUGAAAAUCGUUAUAUCAGUCAUAUUGAACCGAGACUUCGUACAAAGCGCAUCGUGAUAUUGGAGCGGAUAUAACAUAUAUUGCAAAAUAUAAAAGAGUUUAAAGAUACAAUCAUUAAAGUGUUUAUGGAUAAAAUUAUUACAAUGAAAGAUUACAGAAGGAAUAUUUCUGUGGACUCUGAUACAGACAUGUCUGGUGACGAGUGUACCGAUACAUUGCAAGAUCUUGUCUAUAUUGCAAACAAAGAAGGUCGGCUUGUGAAAGGUGUAUUUGAAUCUGCCCAUGUUCUUGAAUUAUGCUCUGAGAUCGUUGAAUUAUGCAUUUUGCCGAGAGGUCCAAGUCAGAACAUUUCAAAUCAUAUACAGCACAAACUGAUAGAGGCAUACUGUCUGGAAAACGACAUCAAAAUCAUUGAAAUUAAUGACUUCAGCAACAUGGGUACAUGUAUGCAAAGGAACAAAUCUAUUGACUCUAACGGCAUUGAAUGUGCCCUGGUAACAACUAAACCAUUCAGAGAGGAGCUUGAAGCAAACGAUAAUGAUUAUCAUGACAACAGUGGUUGAAAGUCAUUGGAUCUUCACAAAGAAAUAAAACUAGUGGGAAGCCAAAACCCAUCCUACAAAACCAUAAACAUGUGCAACCAUGUUUGAAGACAAGAAUCCCUUUACCGACUGGGACAACCAAACAUAUGGCCAGACAGAAAAAGUGGUGUUGACCACUUUACAUCAGACAAUGGAAAAUGGUCUCUGACAAGAAAAGUAUGUCUGGUCAUUCACACUCAGGUCAGGUUGAUGACACAGAGUUUAUUGAGAGGAGAGAUACUCAUACAAAUCAAAUCAUUACGCAUACUAUUGGAGAUUAUUGUAAUAGUUGGGACUAUAUGGUAAAUUAUAAGACAUCAUAUAGAAACUUUGCUAAAUCAUUAGCAUUAAUGGGCAUUUUCAACUGUUAUCGGAACGUGACUAAAUAUGUUUUAGACGUUUGUUGAUUGACUUUGUUUAGAGACAAUGAAAUUGAUUUUAUCUUACCUGGUGAAAAUGUAGAACGUAUUGACCAUACUAUGGAGUUACUUCUGCACAAAUGGUGUUAUGAUAUCAUAAACACUAGAAAACUUGUCCAUGUUAUUCAGUGAUGAAGGACUCUGCAAAGGUUAAAGUGAACAUUGCAUGUACAUGUGUUAAUAAGGAACAGUCGACAGCUUUAGUGGAAGCUUCAUUCGAUGGAAUAAAUGACUGCAGUAUAGUGUUUUGACAUCUUUUUGUUAGAUAUAGUUCAAUUGUUGUUAUGUAGUACUAUGUGUAAUUAAGUUGAAAAAGUAAAAGUACAAUUUGAAGUUGAA